GGUGCCGGUGCUGAUGAGGUGAAUGCAGACAUAAGCGUAUUUUGAGCAAGAUGAUCUGGAGCAGGAGCAGCGGGAGGAGGGAGGAUGGAGAGGGAGUGGGACCCGGAUGCUGAUGCGAGUGAGGCGAAGGAAGGAAGAGAAGAGAGAAAAUAUCGAUUUACGGCAAGAAAACCGAAGGGAGUAUAAUACAGGGGCCCGCACUCUGCGUGGACUAUCACCGCAAGCGGGGAAGGAUGCGGCACCGUCGAUCAUAGCGCGGCGCUGAUCUGCGGUCAUCUGUGCUUUUUUCACCUGCCGAGGGAGGAGGACGGCGCCGAAGGAGAGGGAAGAUGCUGUGAUCCGCUACUUGUAGGGAUGUAGAGAGGCAGAGACGGGGGAGGGCGACAGGGAGGGGGAGGACCAGGCUACGCUAAAGAUGCCCGUUCGGCGAGGAAUACGCAUUUCAUCCGGAAACACUGCGGGAAUGGCGCGGCCGCGCGACGAUUCUAACCGUUCGGCGACGCCGGGGGACUUCGGGGGGAGUCGGUUCUUUUGACAGGCGGCCGUCGGCGAAGGCGUUGGGGGCUAAACUACAGCUAGCCUCGCUGCUGUGCCGUGUGGGAGAGCGGCGGCGAGGCUACAUAGCAUGUUGUUGCACCUGCGAUGCAGGCCCGACUCACAGAACCACACUGCUUUGACUCCAGCUGACGUAAUUAAAGUCCGUUGAAUAGAAGCAGAUGUGAACAUCUGUUUGCUCCGAGGCGACACUCCGUUACCGUGACUCUGCUCUAAUUGCCGUAUUACCCGUCUUAUAUACAGUAGUUACAGUAUCACCACACACGUCACAGCGUCGAAGUUACACAAAUGAGCCGCUGUACAGAAGUAAACGUCAUUAUUUAUCCAACCUCGUCAUGUUCAUAUUUAAGGCAGCGGCCGCUGCUUAACGCGUAAACGCUGUCAUCGCCGUCUCAUCACCGCUUUCUGUUAAAUAUCAACGUCGACCGUGCGACGAGCACGUUUGCCCACGUUUAUCAGCUGGAUGGAACAAUGCUCGUUCACCACCCAGAUGUGGUGAUUCAGCACCUGUUUGCAUCUGUAUACUCACACCGAGUAUCUACAACGUAGCUGAACAGCGUCUAUCAUAGAAAUAAGUUGAACGCCAUUAAAACACAAUAACUUCUGUAUAGCUUGUAAUAUAUGACAGCGAUUGCAAUAAUAUCAGUGCAGUAGUAGUAGAGUUAGUAGUAGUAGUAGUUGUUGUAGUAGUAGUAGUAGUAGUGUAUUAGCCCUCUGUAAGUGCAGUAUGAGUAAGGAACUGUCUCUAGGUCAGUCAGCUCAAUAUGUUGGGCCCUAUCGACUGGAGAAAACACUGGGGAAGGGACAGACAGGGCUGGUCAAGCUGGGCAUCCAUUGCAUUACGGGUCAGAAGGUGGCCAUCAAAAUAGUGAACAGAGAGAAGCUGUCUGAGUCGGUCCUGAUGAAGGUUGAGCGGGAGAUUGCCAUCCUGAAACUGAUUGAGCAUCCGCAUGUGCUGAAGCUGCACGAUGUUUACGAGAAUAACAAAUACCUGUAUCUGGUGUUGGAGCAUGUAUCAGGAGGAGAGCUGUUUGACUACCUGGUGAAGAAGGGCCGUCUGACCCCAAAAGAGGCCCGGAAGUUCUUCAGGCAGAUCAUCUCUGCUUUGGAUUUCUGCCACAGUCACUCCAUCUGUCACAGGGACCUGAAGCCUGAGAACCUGCUCCUGGAUGAAAAGAACAACAUCCGUAUAGCUGACUUUGGCAUGGCCUCUCUACAGGUGGGAGACAGUCUGUUGGAGACCAGCUGUGGAUCACCACAUUAUGCUUGUCCUGAAGUUAUACGGGGGGAAAAAUAUGACGGACGGAGGGCAGACGUGUGGAGCUGCGGGGUCAUACUCUUUGCUCUGCUGGUGGGCGCCCUGCCUUUUGACCACGAUAACCUACGACAGCUCCUGGAGAAGGUGAAGAGCGGGGUGUUCCACAUGCCCCACUUCAUCCCCCCGGACUGCCAGUCGCUCCUGAAGGGCAUGAUUGAGGUCAACCCGGAAAAGAGGCUCACGCUAGAGGCCAUCCAGAAACACGCCUGGUAUCUGGGCGGUCGGAACGAGCCGUGUCCGGAGCAGCCUCCUCCCAGGCGAGUGUGUGUGAGGAGAAUCCUGUCCCUGACUGAGCUGGACCCAGAUGUGUUGGACAGCAUGCACUCGCUGGGCUGUUUCCGAGACCGAGUCAAGCUAACGCGUGACUUGCAAUGUGAAGAAGAAAACCAGGAGAAGAUGAUCUAUUACCUACUGCUGGACAGGAAGGAGCGCUACCCCAGCUACGAGGACGAGGACCUGCCUCCACGCAAUGAUGUAGCAGAUCCUCCGCGGAAGCGCGUGGACUCGCCGAUGCUGACGCGCCACGGCCGCUGCCGCCCGGAGAGGAAGAGCCUGGAGGUGCUGAGCGUGACGGAGCAGGGCUCGCCCACGCCCCCGCGCCGGGCCCUGGACACGGCUGCACACAGCCAGAGGUCGCGUUCAGUCAGCGGAGCCUCCACCGGUCUGUCCUCCAGUCCCCUGAGCAGUCCCAGGUCCUAUCAGAGCCCCGUCUUCACUUUCAGCCAAUCAGAUGUCACCUCUGCCACUGCUACCCCUCUCACAAAGGAGCCCAAACAAGGAAGCGCCACCACUCCUCGCUCAACACGGGCUUUUGACAAGCUCAAAGUUCCCCCCAACCCAAAGACCCAGACCCUGCCCAGCAAGGGACCUGCUGACCGACCCCAUCUGCAGCCCAUCAAAUCCCUGCCUCUGCACAACCCAUCUUCCCGCUCACCCUCUCCUUCUCCGCUCCUGUCACCCAUCCCCCGUUUCUUCUUCCCUUCGUCCUCUGUCCUAAAGUCAGUGACUAAGAGCUUCUACCCAAACUCUGCCCACUCUGUGCCACAGGUAACUCCCCAGGGCUCUCCGUUGCCCACACCCUUGGGCACCCCUGUCCACCACCCUCAUCACCCUUCCUCCACCCCGCCCUCCUCUUCCUCGUCCUCAUCUUCCUCACGGGCGGAGGGAGGAGGAGGCGUGGGCUCGCUGUCGCUGACCCCACCCUCCAGCCCAGGAGGGGGAAGUGGCAUGGCAGCCAGCAGCUCCGCCCACUGGAGGACACGCCUCAAUUCUUUUAAGAACAACCUGCUGGGAUCCCCCCGUUUCCAUCGCCGUAAACUCCAAGUUCCUACAUCAGAAGACAUGUCCAGUCUAACGCCAGAAUCCAGCCCUGAGCUGGCUAAGAAGUCCUGGUUUGGGAACUUCAUCGGCUUGGAGAAAGAGGAGCAGAUCUUUGUGGUUAUCAGAGACAAACCUCUGAGUUCUGUCAAAGCUGACAUUGUCCAUGCCUUCCUGUCUAUCCCGUCGCUCAGUCACAGCGUCCUCUCCCAGACCAGCUUCCGGGCCGAGUACAAGUCCUCCGGCGGCCCUUCUGUCUUCCAGAAACCCGUCAAGUUCCAGGUGGACAUUGCCUUUUCCGAGGGCGAGAGAGAGCGGGACAGGGAGAGGACCGAAAGGGAGGGCAGGAGAGAGACAGGAAUCUACAGCGUGACGUUCACCCUGAUAUCAGGUCCGAGUCGCAGGUUCAGACGAGUGGUGGAAACGAUUCAAGCCCAGCUUCUCAGCUCCCAUGAUCAACCUAUGGUGCAAGUCCUAUGUGAUCCCUUCCCAGAUGAGAAGAACGGCCGGCCCCAUGGGACCCCCACCCGCCAAAACUCGAGGCGCUCUGAGGGUGGGGGCGACAGGUGCGAGUGGGGCGACCGGGCAGAUGGCGGAGGCAUCGGAGGCAGCGGGGGAGUUCUGCAGCGCAGAGGCUCAGCAAAGGAGAGAACCCGAUUACUGUCGUCCAAUGGAACCCAGUCCCAGCCGUAGGAUAGGAAGUGACGCCGUGCAGCAGGACGCCGAGUUUCCCCAGGAAGAAGACAGUAGGACUUCAUCUCCAGGUGUCCCUGCAAGCCACGAGCUAUUCCUACUCCUCCUCCUUGACUUAUCGAAGGCGAUUGCAAGGAUUGGCUUUUUCCCUAUCAUUCUAUUUUUCCCCAACAACUCAACAAUAUUUUGUUUUUUCGGCUUUUGGACCAACAGAAUUCCCACAAGAAAGCAGUGUUAAGGAACUACCCUUUAAUGAAAAAAUAAGAUAUGAACGAGUAGUUUGGU